GAGAAUCUUUGCAAAUUAUUGCAAUGACCUGCACAAAGAUCUCAUGUGACAGUUAAGCAAUACAGGGAAAGUGAGAAUUCACAGACAGUGUGAGCAAAGGAGGAAGUGAGAAAUUCUAUCUCUUCAUCUGAAGGCUGAAGGGAGAUGGAGAGCAGACUGAAACGAUGCAAAUAGGCUGUAACAGGUAAACAUCAGGAAUAAACCAAUCAUCCCAACAAUAAAUUGCCAGUGUGGAGAGGUGGGCAACAAAGGACUGAAACAAGUGAGCGAAAGACAGAAGAAGAACAGCAGGUUGGUCUGGGAAAUGAAUUUACUGACUCCAUCUGAAUUGCUCUUGAAAUAUCAUGCUACUUCUUACUGUUCUCGGACACAUAUUUUCAAUUCCUCACUUUGCUGCAAGAAGCAUUAAGUACUAAUUUUUAUGGCAGAGUGUUCCUUCUUUUAUCCCUGUGAAUUUGUAACAGGCAUAUGAUGAAUACAUUUUAGAAGUGGUCUUUUGUUUAACAGAAAAACAAAAGAUGUUUGCAUAAGCUUAGCAUUAGUUAAGACAGUUGUGUACAAGGACUGUUGAAGAGCAGGGCAUGACAUGUUUUAUGAAAAAUGGGGAGAACAUGAGGGCUAUUCUGUAACAUCACAAAUGGUUAGUAAUGCAAGCUCAGAAGAAAUCACCUUCCAGAUGCUGGUGCAGGCUCUUCUAUGGAAGUGUGUCAGAGCCACAUGAUGAAGUUGCAUGGGGCUGAUGGUUUACUGUCAGUAAUACAAGGUGAUUUGUACACGUCAGACAUUGCUGAGUGAGGUGAAAGAAUAGCAGCAAUCUACCUGAGAAAAUGUUCCAAAUCCUCACAAUACUAUUGCUGGAAACACAGCUCUCCAUGGUCUCAGCUUUAUUUACAGUUGAAGUUCCUCAACAGCUCUACACUGCGGAAUAUGGGAGCAAUGUGACCAUGGAAUGCAGAUUCCCUGUGAAUGGCUCUGUGGAUCUAGGACUCCUGACUGUUGUUUGGGAGCAGAAAAGGCAGGGCUCAUUGAAAUCAAAAGAGGUGUACACAUUCCGCAAUGGGAAGGCACUCCAUCCAUCUCAACAUCCUGAUUACAUAGGAAGAGCAUCACUUCUGCACAGUGAACUGAAGUUGGGACGAGCCAUCCUCCAGAUCACUAGUGUUAAGAUAACAGAUGCAGGAUCAUACCUUUGUCUCAUUGACUACCAGGGCGUGGACUACAAGUACAUUGCUUUGGAAGUAAGAGCAUCUUACAAGAGAAUAAACACUCAAGUAAUGAGAAUACCAGGUGAAGAAAAGUUUGUUUUUAUGUGCCAGUCAGAAGGCUUUCCUCUGGCAGAGGUUUUCUGGCAAAAUGAGAACCUCAAUCUCAGUGGAUCUGCAAAUACCACCUAUACACUGACUGCAGAUGGCCUCUACAAUGUCACCACCACCCUGACAUUCAAACCAAAUAUGAGAGAAAACUACACGUGUGUCUUCUGGAACAAAGAACUGAAUGGAGAAACUUCAGCUCACUUUUCCCCUUUAGCUUUAACGAGUACACAGUAUAGUGGACAAAAAUUCCUGAUAUCUUUAAUCAUCCCCACAUGUGUGACUGUAGCUGUCCUUCUCUCUGCACUAAUAAUAUUUCAGAAGAGAAAAUCAUUCAAGAAUGAGCAACCCAAAAAAGACAGGAAAAGAAAACUGAAUCCUAAUGCAAAGGAUGAGAACAGUGAUGAUUUUAACUCUCAGACUGAGGCUUUAUACUUGUCAACUGUCACAGCUUCAAGAGACUGUGGGAGUGCGGGUCUGUGAAAAUUCUUCAUCUUACAUGCCAUAAUUUGAACUUUUACCACUGGUUUUUGGGGACUUCAAAAGAAAAUUACAGCACUUUAGCCUUAGGAUAAACAGUGAACUCACGGGGAUGUAUUUGCACUGCAGCGAUGGAAAGCUAUGCCUCCUCAGAUACCAUAUCUUCUUGAAGUUACUGAGAACUAUGCUGUCACGAAAUGUGGUUUACCACUGUGGAGAGGUCAGCUGAGUGCCUUUGAUACACUUUACUUUUGGACUUACUGUUGCUCAAGGGAUUUUUGUUUAAGAAUCAGCUGAGUGCUUUUGACACACUUUACUUUUGGACUUACUGUUGCUCAAGGGAUUUUUGUUUAAGAAUGCCUUUAUCAACUAUUCCAGUCUCAGGAAUUGUGCUUGGAGUCAAAAAUCUUGUGGAAUUUGAAUAAAAGCUGUAAAUGCUAUCUUAUGUCAAUUAUCUUUCUGGUAGAAACAUCAUUACAUGCCCAUAUCCCAUUUCCAAAUUUUCUAACACAUUAAACUGGGUAUUACUACAAGUACCCACUCACAUCAUUGUAGCCACUCAUAUAACUUGUAUCAUUGCAACAUCUAGAACAUAUUUCAUAUCACAAGAACAAUCAGAGGUUGAAAUUAAAGCAAAGGACAGACCAAAAAAAACCCACUCAAUAUUAGCAAUAAAUCAACAUUAUAUGGCAUAAGAGAAUUUUCAUGUGUAUAUAAAAUCGCACAAGUCAGGUAAAAAACCAUGAACUGUGAUACUAUGCUACAUGACAGUAAAAAAGUUUCAAAUUUGACUGAUUAUUCAACAGAAUUUUCUUUAGGAGGAAUUUGGAAACAAAAGUGAAAAUGAAGCUCAGACAGAUUUCUGCACUGGUUAUUUUUAAACAGUAAUUUUGCCUUUGUUCAGAUGAAGAAGUGAGUCUUUUCUAUGCCAGGUUGGUCUGCUUCCUAAUAUUGGAAUGCCAGAUUGGGAAAAACAUCCAAAAUGGAAAAACUUUGCCUCUUCGUCAGUCAUGAGAUAGUGAAGUAAGGGCACUGGGUAAGAUCUGUCAUAUUGUUUUGAAAGACCAGUGGCCAUGGUAAGCUGUUUUCUACUAAAAUAGAUGUAACAAGAUUGAAGAAAGGUAUUCACAUGGAAGCUAUUUCUGCUAUAAUCCUGCUUUUAGAAGAGUUCCACUGCUUGAAGUUUUUGGAUAGCACUUGCUCUGAAUUUGGAUGGGAACUGCUCCUCCAGUGUCACUUUGCAGCUAUUUAUUCCAGCAAAAAGUGGACCUACAGUGCUGCUAUGAGACCAGAACAUCAGUAUUCACCCUCUCUUGUUUCACCAGGACAGGUGAUUUUAAAAAGCAGGACUGCCAUUGAUUUUACUUGUGGAGGACAAAAACUAAUCUCUCUCUGACAUCAUCUGUAAUUUAAUAUCUAUGUAUUGCAUCUUUAAUUACCCAUUUGUAGCCAUUGGAUUCAGCUGAGACAAAUCUGCACUAGGCUUGCAAUGUCCUAUGUCCUUGCUGACAUGGCAAAUCAUGCACAUGUCAGAAAAUCAGAGGCAGCUUCUUAAAGCAUUGGUUAGCUUAAUACGGAAUAGCAGCUUAGGAACUGCUCUGGCUUGCACCAUUUAGCAAUAUUUAAGGGUCAGUACAUAAGGCCAAGCAAUUUCUCUCUGUUCCAGAUUUGUAGUCUGCUGGGAACUAUGAGCCCUUGCUCUUCUAUCAGCCAUGGUAAAAUCUAACCCACUGUGUUCCUGGAAAGAGUUAAUUUUGCAUUUUUCUAUUUAUUUUUUUCUGCAUGAAGAUGAAAUGAAAGUAAUAAAAAAAGAAAUUGAUGUGCAUGAACAUAAAUACUGCAGUCUUUGCAAUUAGCUUACAGUGGUUAUCAUUGUUCCUUGCUGAAAUGGAAUUCAUCUUGUCCUUGUUUUAUACUGGUGAGUAAAUGCUGUCUUGGUGUGAGCAACAAAGAACAAGUGUGGGUAGCAUUUCCUGCCCAUUUUACAGGCAUGGCAAACAUUACCCUGCUUUCCCUAUUACUGGAUUGUACACUGAAAGGUUUCACCUGGCAUCCCUAGGCAGAGGCAGCUCAGUUUUCCAUAACACUCCUAUGCCCCUAUCCACUCUAUUUCAUUAUGAAUGGAACAAUAACAUUGUUUACUGCAAUAGCUAUAAGAAUACCUAGAAACAUAUUUUUGCUCAUGAGUUUCUAUUUUCACCAGCUCUCGCUGGAUGCUUAUGAAGCUGUCACAUCUGAGUAUGUGAAAGUUAGCUUGUCAGCAGCUUGGCCAGUCUACAUAUGUCUAUGAGUUCAUGCAAGACUUGUCUUUUACUGUAAACCACUGAGCAUAUGAUACAUGUGUGAUAUGAUGAGUCUCUGUUCUUUCUGCUUCACCUACUGUUUUACAUGCUGUUAUCUCCAAACAGCUAAAGUGAGUUCUCACAUACAAACUGUCUGCAAAAUGUUUGAAGGUUUUGUAUUCUGUUUGACUGGGGUGUUCUCUCUGUGGUUUUUGUUGUUGUUGCUGUUGUUUAG